CAGAGGAAGCUACGAAUCAUUUGACAUGCGCUGCAUGGUAACCGGCCAGUUCGCUACUGGGAAAUCGAGCCUAGUCAAGCUUUUAGUUGGAGAUAAUGUUCCAGAAGGGCGAUAUGCAACUGAUGGCAUUUCCCUCGUUGAAGGUCGCUGUGGACUCGAUAUUGAGACCAGAAGUUGGAUUAUGAUAGAUCCAGCAACCUAUAAUGCCUUGGAUGUGGUGUACAAUAAAGUGUUAAUGACCUCGAUAGAAGAAGAUGAGAGUCAACGUCAAACAAAAACACCAGAAAAACAGGAAUCAGUUGCAAAACCUGGUGAUAGUCAAAAUAAAGAAGAUACUAAUUCUCAGAAGUCAGAUGCUUCCAAGUCACCAUAUUUUCCUGCUAACCUAUCAGAUGAACCUUCUUCAAAGCCACAAGCAGCUCAAUCUGUGUCCCCACAAACAUCAUCUAGUGAGUAUAAAAAACAGCAAAUGAAGAAGAAAAUAAGAACAAAAAUGACCAAAAAGGAAAUAAGAAAGAGAAUGGAGAAAGUCCUAAAAACUGGUAAAUAUAAGAUGAAAGUUGGCAGGCUCAUCUUCUGGGACUUUGGUGGACAGUAUGUCUAUUAUACAACACACCAGACAUUCAUGACUUACAGAGCGUUGUUUCUAGUAGUGUUUGAUGGAAGUAAAGGACUGAAUGAAGUAAUCCCUGAUGUACUGUGUUUUCCAGGGCAGCACAUGACACCAACCCCAGCAGUCUUUUUACUGCACUGGGUAAACUCAAUCCUGACCUAUUGUAAGGUGGUGUAUCCUGGUAUCCCUAAGAUAUUGUUUGUUGCCACCCAUAAGGACAAGGUACCAGUGGAGGAUGUGGAAACCAGACGUGCACUAUUGCACAGCGAAGUACAGGAAUUAUUUAAGGACCAUGAGGGACGAAAUCAUCUUGUCCUUGACAAACAGAUAUUUGUCAAUGCAACUGAUAAAAAUGAUCAAGAAAUUGAAUCACUGAAGAGAGCCAUCACAGAGCUUACUUUCGAUCAUCCUUGUUGGGGAGAGAAAAUGCCUAACGCUUGUAUUCCCCUUGAACUUGAGAUUGCUGAAAUGGUAGCUGCAGGAAAGCAAAUCUUGUCAUUGGUAGAACUUGAAGAAUUGAAUUCAAUCAGCAAGGUGUCCGUCCUGGAUUUAGAACAACUUCAUGACUUCUUACACUUCCAGCAUUCCCUUGGCAAGAUUAUCUACUUUGAUACCCUUCAGCUCAGGGAUUAUGUUAUAAUUAACCCACUCUUCAUGGUGGAGGUUAUGAGAUCAUUUGUGACAGACAUAGGGUUUUGGCCAAAGAAAAGAAGAAUGCAAGUAAUUUUCAGUAGAAUGUCAGAAAGUGGUAUCAUACGCAGAGAAGACCUUUAUCAGAUUUGGGAACAAAAGGACUUCCGUCCAAUUUUACGAUACAAAGAGUUUAUAUUCAAUAUCCUCAUUCAUUUGGAUAUUCUGGCAGAGCAACGGAGAUAUGACACAGCAACUGGAAGUCGGUUACCAGUAGAGAACUUCUUUGUUCCCUGUAUGGUCACACAAAGAAAUACCACCAGCUUCAUGAACACAGAAUGUACACCAGAGAAAGCUAUAUGUUUGGCCUUUGUUUUUAAAGGAACUGUCAUACCACCAGCUUUGCCCAAUCGUCUGAUCAGUGCAUGUCUGAGCAUGUGGACUUUGAAGCAGUAUGAAGGGAGAAAACUCCUCUUUUCAGGAUUCAUUGUAGUCUCAUUUGACAAGGCACAUGAUAUUUUAGUAUGUGUUGAAGGCAACAAAAUUCUUCUGUACAUAGUCCAUAAAACCGCCGCUGGACUGAUAGUACCAGAUAUAGCUACUGGAGUUAAGGAAUGUUUGGUUACAACAAUGGAGAGAAUAUCAGAUUUUUAUCAGUCCACAAUCAAUGUGAAACGCAGCCAACAAUCACCUUUCCAUAUUGAAUAUUCAUGUUCAAAUCUGAAAUGCCUCAUCAGUGAAGAAGAAGCUUUGCAGACCAACGAAUGGGUUUGUGACGAACAUAAACAAACACACAGAGCAGGACACUUCGCUGUUUGGAAUCAAGAUAAGGAAAAAGAACAAGAACAGUGUGAACAGAACUGUCAAGGUUUACGAGAUGAUGCUUUGAAUCAAAUUCCAAGUGAUGUUGAGCUUCAACGAUUCUCAUCAGGUUGUGACGAAUCAACAGUACAAAAGUUGGCCAUACAUCUUGGUAUGACUUUGAAAGAAUGGGAAAAACUCGUAACUGAUUAUCGUUGGAUUGAUAUUGUCAAGUAUAGAAUACUAGUCAACUGGCGGGAAAAAAACUCAGGAAGAUUCCGCAACCUAGCAAAAGCUUUAACAGAUAUGGAUGUAUCGACUCAUAACCUUUGUCAGGUUAAAAGAAUAAGAAAAGGAGAGUACGAUAUCAGCGAGGAGUACAUGGAUUUGAUUCCAACUGAUGAAAUACUAGAUGAACUGGCACAAGUAAUAGGAGUUGUAUCCUUCCAACUGGGUAUAGAAUUAGAAUUGCCAAUAACAUCAUUAGAUAUUAUACAGUAUAACAAUGAUCGGAACUUAGUGGCACAAUGUAAAGACAUUUUAUAUGAAUGGAGAGAGCAGGGAGUCAGGCCAACCAUAGGUGUUCUCGUCAAUGCUUUGGUAAAUGUUGGGAGAGGUACUAAGUGUUUGGAGGAGAUCAUCAAAAGUAAAGGAGUGAAGAAAUAUAUUCCAGAAGAAAAGGUUGAAGAGGAGAAACAAGGAAAGUUAAAGACAUUAAUGAAAAAAAUGAAUCCUUUUCAGAAGAAGAAAUAGUACUAAAACUAUUCAGUCAAUAUGAUUUAAUAUUGAUGUAUGUCAUACCGUUGUAUGUUUGUGUGUUGUUUCAGGGAACAAUUGUUAUCGUUUUUGGUGGGGUCUUAAUGUAAAUAAUGUUAACAUUCAUCAGCACGAAAUCAAGAAACAAAACAUGGUUAUUAAGCAUGUUAAGAAAGUACAUAGCAAAUUUACAUAACAGUAGUGUAGCAUUAUAAAUUCAGGAUAGCGACGCAGGCUCAUUAGCUCCCCUAGUUCAUACAAAUAUCAAAAAUAAUAAAAGAAACAUAACAUUGUUAACAAGACUGUACAUAGAGAAUUCAUAUAACAAUAGUGUAGCAUGUAAAUCCAGGUGAGCCCAAGUUUCUCCACAGGUUUAUAUGAGUUCAUGUCACCUAUAGAGCUGUUCAUCCACAGACUUAAUGGAGUUCAUAUUACUUGUGGAACAGUUAGUUCUGACACAGGAAAAAGGGAGUUCAUAUAACUUAUGGAACAGCUAGUUCUUCAGUUUUUUUUAGUUCAUGUCACAUGCAUGUUGAGAAGUUAGUUCCUCCAGAGGUUUAAAGAAAUUCAUGUCAACAGUUGAACAGCUAGUUCAUCUUCUAAUUUAAGGGAAUUCAUUUCAUUAGUGGAAUAUCUAGUUUCUCCUAGGAUCUUAGGGAGUUCAUGUCCCAAGUGAAGCAGUUAGUUUCUCUGCAGGUUUAAUGGAUUUUAUGUCAAAAGCUAAGCAGAUAGUUCCUCCACAGAUUUAGGGAAUUCAUAUCACUAGUGGAGCAGCUGGUUCCUUCACAGGUUUAAUGAAGUUCCUGUUCCAAAUGGAGCAUCUAGUUUCUCUACUGGUUUUAGGGAGUUCCUUACCAGUCAACCUCUGAAUUUGAAAAUGAUCAUAACGCGUAUGAACUUGUUCGGUCCAAUUUUAUUAUUCAGUUCACGUCACUUAUGGGGCAGCUGGUUCCGCCAAUGGUUUUAGGAAGUUCAUGCACUAGUGAAGCAGCUAAUUCCUCCAAAGGUUUUGGGUAGUUUAUGUCACUAGUGACGCAGCUAGUUCCUCCACAUGUUUAACGGAUUUCCUGUCACAAGUAGAGCAGAUAGUUCGUCCACUGGUUUAAGAGAAUUCAUGUUACAAGUGCAGCAGCUACUUCCUCUUGAUUUAAAACUGUGCAUGUCCUUAGUGCAGCAGCUUGUUCCUCCACAGGGUUAACAGAUUUUCUGUCACAAGUUGAGCAGCUAGUUACUCCUUUGAUUUAAUGGAGGUCAUGUCACUUGUGGAGCAGCUAGUUCUUCAACUGGGUUAAGGGAGUACAUGUCAAUAUGUGAUUGGCUAGUUCAUCCACAGGUUUAAGGGAGUGCAUACUGCUAGUGGUGCAGCUAGUUCCUCAACUUGUUUUAGGGAGUUUAUGUCACUAGAGGAGGAGCAAGUUUCUCUUUUGAUUUAAAAAGUUCUUGCCCAUAGAGAAGCAGCUAGUUUCUCCACAAGUUUAGUUGUGUUUAUGUCAAAAGUGGGACAGCUUGUUCAUCUGCUGUCUUGAGGGAGUACAUGUUAAGAGUGGCAGCUGGUAUCUCCUAUGCACUUAGGGAGUCCAUGUCACUUGUGGAAGAGCUAGUUAUUUCUCGUAAUUUAGGGAGUUCAUAUCACUUGUAGAGCAGCUAGUUACUCCUCUGAUUUCAGUGAGAUGAUCUCACUUGUGGAGCAGCUAGUUACUCCUCUGAUUUUAGGGAGUCCAUGUCACUUGUGGAGCAGCUAGUUACUUCUCUGGUUUAAGAGAAUCCAUGUCACUUGUGGAAUAACUAAAUACUCCUCUGAUUUUAAGGAGAUCAUAUCACUUGUGGAUCAGCUAGUUACUCCUCUGAUUUUUUGGGAAUCCAUGUCACUUGUCAAGCAACUAGUUACUCUUCUAAUUUUAGGGAGUUAAUAUCACUUGUGGAGCAGCAAUCUACUUCUCUGAUUUUUGGGAGUUCAUUUUACUUGUGGAGCAGCUAGUUCCACCUCUGGUUUAAGGGAGAUCAUGUCACUUGUGGAGCAGCUAGUUACUCCUCUGAUUUUUGGGAGUCCAUGUCACUUGUGGAGCAGCUAGUUACUUCUCUGAUUUUAGAGAAUCCAUAUCACUUGUGGAGCAGCUAGUUACUCCUCUGAUUUUUUUGUGAAUCCAUGUCACUUGUCAAGCAACUAGUUACUCUUCUAAUUUGAGGGAGUUCAUAUCACUUGUUGAGCAGCUAGUUACUCCUAUGAUUUUUGGGAGUCCAUGUCACUUGUGGAGCAGCUAGUUACUUCUCUGAUUUUAGAGAAUCCAUGUCACUUGUGGAAUAACUAAAUACUCCUCUGAUUUUCAGGAGAUCAUAUCACUUGUGGAGCAGCUAGUUACUCCUCUUAUUUUUUGUGAAUCCAUGUCACUUGUCA